UCUUCUUCUUUUUGGUGAAUGAGCAAACAAAGCAAAUGUCAAAAAUUUCUAGAAAAUUCAUAAGAAAAGAAAAACGGCACAGUUGAAAAAGAAACGCGUUCAAGAAAACAACUCGAAAGAAAUUUCCGCUUUUUAAUUAAAAAAGUAAAGAAUUUCUGGAAGUUUGUGAUUUUGGUCAUAAGAAGUAGAGAAGAAACAAGCCUAAAUUAUAGCAAGAAAACCCAAUUAAAAGUUUUGCAUUACAUAUAAUCGGGGAGAAAAAAAGCAGAAAAAUGUCUGUGAUUGGUAUUGAUUUUGGAAGUGAGUCUUGCUACAUUGCCGCCGCUAAGGCUGGUGGUAUCGAGACAUUGGCUAAUGAUUACAGCUUAAGAGCAACUCCAUCAUGUGUAGCUUUCGAUGGCAAGAAACGUAUUAUUGGUGUGGCCGCCAAAAAUCAACAAGUCACAAAUUUGAAAAACACAGUUAGUGGCUUCAAACGUUUAUUGGGGCGUAAAUUCAAUGAUCCCCAUGUUCAACGUGAACUCAGCAGCAUUCCAACAAAAGUCGAGGCUUUACCAGAUGGCAGCAUCGGCUUCCGUGUAAAUUAUUUGGACCAGGAACAAUGUUUCACACCUGAACAGUUGACCGCCAUGUUGUUCACCAAAUUAAAAGAGACAUCUACUCAUGCUUUAGGCGCCCAGGUAAAUGAUUGUGUUAUAACUUGUCCCGUGUAUUUCACAAAUGCUGAGCGUAGGGCUUUGCUGGAUGCUGCCCAAAUUGCCGGUCUAAAUGUCUUGCGUCUUAUGAAUGAGACCACAGCUACGGCUUUGUCGUACGGUUUCUACAAGCAGGACUUGCCCGAAGAUAAGCCCCGUAAUGUCGUAUUUGUGGACUGUGGUCAUUCAUCACUGCAGGUCAGUGCGUGCGCCUUUACGAAGGGCAAACUUAAGAUGCUGGCUAGCAGUUGGGAUCAGGUCGGAGGCCGGGACAUAGAUUUUGCCCUAGCUGAACACUUUGCUAAGGAAUUCAACGACCGUUACAAGAUUAAUGCUAAAACAAAUGCUCGUUCUUGGCUGCGUCUUAUCACCGAAAUUGAAAAGUUGAAGAAGCAAAUGUCUGCCAACAGUACUAAACUGCCCCUCAGCAUUGAGUGUUUCAUGGAUGAUAUUGACGUAUCAUCUAGCAUGCAACGUUCUCAAAUGGAAGAGUUGUGUGCUCCAGUUUUCCAACGGGUCGAAGCCACAUUUAAAAAAUUGUUGGCUGAGUCAAAACUUAGCCUGGAGGACAUUCACUCGGUGGAAGUUGUGGGCGGUAGCACUCGCAUUCCUGCUAUUAAGCAUUUAAUCGAACAGGUCUUCGGAAAGACGGCCAGCACAACAUUGAACCAAGACGAGUCAGUUUCUCGUGGCGGUGCCUUGCAGUGCGCCAUAAUGUCGCCCGCUGUACGUGUACGCGAGUUUGGUGUUACUGACAUUCAGAAUUAUGCCGUUAAAGUUACUUGGGAUGGGGAAGGUUCUCUUCCCGGAGGUGGUAUCGAGGUGUUCCCCGUAUUUCACGCUGCUCCCUUCAGUCGUCUGUUAACGCUGAACCGCAAAGAGCCUUUCACUAUGACCGUGCAGUAUGCCCAAGCCGUUCCUUAUCCAGAUCCCACAAUUGGUCGCUGGACCAUAAAGGAUGUCAAGCCCAACGAGAAGGGAGAAUAUUCCGAGGUCAAGGUGAAAGUCAGAAUUAAUCACCACGGUAUUGUCUUGAUUUCAAGUGCCUCAUUGGUCGACAAGAAGGAGUUGGAGGAACCAGCCACACCUCAACCAGAACAACAAUCAAAUGCUGAACAACCUGCUGCCGGUGAAGGCCAACCACCAAAUGCUGGCGAACCAAUGGAUGUCUCUCAAGAGGCUUUUUAUGAUAAUGAGGAUGAUAAUAAUACAACAGCCUCAUCGCCUGGACAAGGACAAGGGUGGGCUCAGCGGGUCAAGGGCUGGUUUACUGCGGGCGCCGAUAAGAAAAAGAAAUCAUCGAAAUUAAUCGAAUUACCCAUGGAUUUCCACACACAUGGACAUUCGCCAAAUGAUUUGAGCAAUUUGAUUCAACAGGAGGCUAAGAUGGUAUCCAAUGAUGCCAAGGAAACCGAGCGCAUUGAUGCUAAAAAUGCUUUGGAAGAAUUUGUUUAUGAAAUGCGUAACAAAUUACAGGGCGGUCCUCUGGAACGUUUUGUGGUAGAAAGUGAGCGUGAUGCCAUCUGCUCACAGCUUAACGAACUGGAGAAUUGGUUGUAUGAGGAUGGAGAGGAUUGUGAUCGUGAUACUUAUGUUAAUAAACUCAAAGCCUUGCACAACCAAACAAAUCCCAUCAAAGAAAGAGCCAACGACUUCGAACUAUGUCCAGGAGUGUUUGAGGAACUAAAACACGCCAUCAAUAAUGCUCGCGCUGCCGUCAAUGAAUUUAAGAAGGGAUCUCCCAAAUACGACCAUUUAACUGAAACCGAAUUCAUUAAUGUAGCCGAACAUGCAGAAAAAGCCCAAAAAUGGCUUGACGCUAACAUGGCCAAGUUUGCACAGGCACCAAGGACCGCUGAUAGCCCUGUAAAGGUUGCCGAUAUCCGUCACGAAGUACAGACUGUCAACACCUGUGUCAAUUCGGUGAUCAAUCGUCCUAAGCCAAAACCAGCAUCGAAACCAGCACCAGCCAAAGAAAACACUGGCGGCGCUGAACAACAAAACGGUGAAAAUGCAAACAAAUCAGAUGCUGAUAAAUCAGCGCACACAAAUAGUGUACCAGAUGAUUCAACGAUGGACGUAGAAUAGGGAGGCCGAAGCCGAUUACAAGGAUAACUAGCUAGCAGUAUAGAUGUAUAGAAUUUGUAAGACAAGCACACAGCAUACAGUUGUUUGAGCGAAAUUUUAAGUUUGGUGGCUUUUAACAAAAUUAAAAAAAUACAGACGACACAUACAAAAAAUAAAAUAAACAAUACACAAGAAAAACCAAACCAACCAAUCUACAACACUUCAUUUUUAAACUUAAAUUGUCAUUUAAAUGAAUUAAAAAACAACCUAAAUAAAUUUCUCUCUAAUCUCUACAAAACUAAAAUAAAUAAACUUUAAAUAAAUCAAUCCAACCACAAAACUAAAAAAAUUAAAAUAAUUUAUACUUAAUUAUUAACCAAAAAUAAUUAGUUUACUUCCUAUUAAUUCCUUAAACAUUUUAUAAGUUUGUUUCCUUUCCUUUCCAUUCUCCAUACCACGACAACUUAAUAAAAAACGCAAACAAACAAAAUAGCAAAAAUAACAUUGAAAUAAAAAUUAAAUCCAAAUAAAUGGAUUAAAAACUGAA